CUUCGCUUCCCUUGGCUAGCAUUGCACGCUGCUCUCCCAUCAUCACUGUCAUCAUACGACCAGUCAGUCUAUCACGUGGUCUCUCUUUGGCCGCUCGGUCCGCUCCUCUUGGUCUUUCUCGUCCUGCACCUCUCCCAGUCGGACAGACCAGAAGAAUGGCUUCUUCCAGCUCGUCCAAGGGAGUAGCAGCAGCAGCAGCAGCAGCCGCCGCCGCUGUCGCUGAUGAUCUUCCGCACUUCAUCGACAUCGGCGUGAAUCUCAGCGACUCGAUGUUCCGCGGAGUGUACAACGGCAAGACUGCCCACCCAGAUGAUCUUCAGCGAGUGCUAGCGAGGGCGCGCAAUGCAGGGGUAGUAAAGCAGAUUGUCACGGGGGGUAGUCUUGCGGAGAGUAAAGAGGCGCUGGAGAUCUGUGAGGGUGAGGAGGACCUGCUUUGUACAAUUGGCUGUCAUCCUACUCGCUCUACUGAGUUUGACAAGCAUGAGGAGGGACCGGAGGCGUACCUGCAGGCUCUCUCGCAGCUCAUCAAGGAGCACUCCAUUGUAACACAGGGAAAGGGGAAGGGGAAGGGGAAGGCAGUAGCAGUGGGAGAAUGUGGACUGGAUUAUGACCGACUGCACUUCUGUCCAGCCGAUGUGCAGAAGAAGUACUUUGAUUGGCAGCUCUCACUUGCGGUUAAGCAUCGCCUGCCCCUCUUCCUGCAUAGUCGAGCAGCAGCAGCCGACUUCAUCUCCAUCCUGCAACCAAGGAUGACGGAGCUCUCUUCUGCUCUGAGCGAGGGUGCCUCGGCUCCUCCAGCGCUACCAGCCCACCUGGCAGCGAGUGAGAGCAGCUCUUCGAUUACAGAGGCGUUGCGAGUUGGGGUGGUGCACAGCUUUACCGGUUCUCUCGAAGAGAUGCAAGAGCUCGUAUCCCUCGGCCUCUUCAUCGGUGUCAAUGGCUGCUCUCUCAAGACAGAAGAGAACCUCGCAGUGGUCAAGGCCAUUCCACUCAGUCGGCUCAUGCUCGAGACGGACGCUCCAUGGUGCGAUUUACGACCUACCCACGCUUCCGCAAAGCACGUCGCGGCCGCCCUUGAUGGACCUGUUGGAGAGCGCUUCAAAGCUCUGUAUUCUCCGCCGACGGUCAAGAAGGAGAAGUACGAUCCGGAGAGAAUGGUCAAGGGAAGGAACGAGCCAUGUGCCAUUGGACAGGUGGCAGCCGUCGUUGCAGGCGUAAAAGGACUGGAGAUAGCAGAAGUAGCUGGGAUUGCAGAGAGGAACACGCGAUGGUUAUUCGGCCUCUAGAAUCAAUGUGUCGCUAUGCGAUGCCCCUCGUUGGCUUUGUGAUGUAUACUAUAGUACAAUGAAAGUGCAGGAGGCGAACCAUUUGAGCUCAAGGUCCUUGCGGCAGUCACUCCUUCCAUCCCACCCAGAUCACAUAACCUUUUUCCAUCCCCUUCAUCUGCUCCACAUCCACGCUCCAAACCCUCCAUCCACCAUCCCUCUUCAGCCAACCUUCCAUAAAUUCCCUC